AUGGAUAUGGGGAACCAACACCCAUCCAUAAAACGGUUGCAUGAAAUACAGAAAGAAGUCAAAGAGAUUGAACAGCAAGUGGUUGUCUUCAGUGGUCUGCCUACUGAUCGAGAUUACAAGAAGUUAGAAAGGAGUCUUACUAAACAGCUUUUUGAAAUAGAUUCUGUAGACACCGAGGGAAAGGGGGAUAUUCAGCAAGCCAGAAAGCGAGCUGCUCAGGAAACAGAAAGGCUGCUUAAGGAACUGGAACAAAAUGCAAACCAUCCACGCAGACUGGAAAUAGAGGCUAUAUUCAAGGAGGCACAGUCACUUGUGGAACGCGAGAUUACACCUUUUUACAAAGGAGGUAAUUGUAUAAGUGACGAAUUUGAAGAAGGUAUUCAGGACAUUGUAUUGAGGCUUACCCAGGUGAAAACUGGAGGGAAAGUUUCCUUACGCAAAGCAAGAUACCGCACUCUGACAAAAGUAUGUGCUGUUCAGGAGAUUAUAGAAAGUUGUGUAAAACAACAGCUGUCCCUGCCACUCUCUAAUGAUGCACAUCCUUCUGUCUCCAAAAUUAACUCUGUAAUGUGUGAUGUGAACAAAGCGAGAGGAACUCUUAUUGCGCUUCUAAUGGGAGUGAGUAGUAAUGAUACCUGCAGGCAUCUAUCCUGUGUGCUUACAGGCCUCAUUGCUGAUUUGGAUGCUUUAGAUGUCUGUGGUCGCACAGAAAUAAGGAAUUACAGAAAGGAAGUAGUGGAAGAGAUCAAUAAACUGCAGAAAUACCUGGACUUGGAAGAAGAAGCAAAUUCUACUCAUGCUUAUGAUUUGGCACAAAAUCAAUCCAUUCUAAAAAUAGAAGAGAUCCGCAAGAAAAUGAAGGAAGUUAAUUCUUUACUUUUAAAAACAGAGAAUGCUUCCGAUUUAUAUUUGGGAUCCAAAGCAGAAUUGCAGGGAUUAAUUGCUCACUUAGAUGAGGUAAGUCCGGGAAAAAACCCUUGUAUUAGAGAAGCCAGGAGAAGAGCAGUAAUUGAAGUUCAAACUCUCAUAACCUAUAUUGAUUUGAAGGAAGCGCUUGAAAAAAGGCAAAUGUAUCCUGAGCAAACUGCUGCCGAACAUCAGUCUCAUAAAGCAGUUUGGACUGUUCUUGGAAACCUGUCUCAAAUUCAGCAGGAGGUGAUUUCAUUUGAUGGAAACAGAACGGAUAAAAAUUACAUGAGGUUGGAAGAACUUCUUACAAAACAACUUCUAGCACUUGAUGCUGUUGAUCCACAAGGUGACGAGCGGUGUAAGGCUGCCAGAAAGCAAGCCGUAAAGCUUGCGCAGAAUAUUCUUUACUAUCUGGACAUGAAGACAGAUGAAUGGGAAUACUGAAACAGCUGUGGCCUAACACAGAAGAACAUUUUUUUUCCUUUGGCACUUUAUGCAGAUCAUUGGCAGCACAUAAUAAAAGUGGUGUGUUCUGUGCUUGCUUAAA